AUUUAACGCAUGAUUUAGUAACACGUUAUGGCCUUCGAGGAUCUAGGAAUACUGAUGUUAGAGAAAUGGUUGGUAUGUUUCUUCAUGUUCUAGAACAUGGUAUAGGUAAUAGAUUAGCACAAUAGCGUUUUCAACGCUCCGGAGAAACCAUCAGUAGGCACUUCAGCUUAGUUUUAGAUAAAGUAUGUGAUAUGGGAAAAGAUUUGAUCCAACCAACUGAUCCACAAUAUAGAAAAGUUCCAGAGAAUAUCAAGAAAGAUCGACGAUUUUAUCCAUAUUUUAAAGAUUGUAUUGGAGCUAUUGACGGUACACAUAUUCCAGCGGUUGUACCUGCGUUUGAUCAAAUUCGUUUUAUUGGUCGAAAAGGAACAACAACUCAAAACGUGUUAACCAUAUGUAAUUUUAAUAUGGAAUUUGUCUAUGUUUGGGCCGGUUGGAAGGGACAAGCUCAUGAUACCCGUAUCUUUUAUGAAGCUAUUGGAAGACAUGAUGCACAUUUUCCCCAUCCUCCUCCAGGUAAAUAUUACUUAGUAGAUGCUGGAUAUCCAAAUCCGACUAGUUAUUUGGGGCCAUAUAAAGAAGUUAGAUAUCAUUUGCCAAAGUUUCAAGGAGGUCCUUCACCUACGGGAUAUCGAGAAGUGUUCAACCGUGCCCAUUCCUCGUUAUGCUCGGCAAUUGAGCGAGCCUUUGGUGUAUUAAAACAGAAGUGGGGGAUUUUAACUUAUAUGCCAAGUUAUCCAUGUGAAAAGCAAGUGCAAAUUGUGGUAGCGGCAAUGACUUUGCACAAUUAUAUACGGAGAAAUAACGUGACUGAUACCACCCGUGGUGGUGGCGUAGGUGGUUGAGCAAGGGAACUUUUCACGAGAGGUCCCGAGUUCGAUCCACGGCGUCAUCGUUACUUCAGUGCUAGCCGUGCCUUACCCGGGGCACGUGGGUGGUGGUUUCCCACGUGUCUCCCCAGGGUUUACUCUCCACCGCGAAGCGGCGAUCGGAGGUUCCCUGGGUCACCAAAAAAAUAAAUAAAUAACGUGACUGAUACGGAUUUUGAACAAGCAGAAUUGGAUCUCAAUUAUGAAUAUUCAGUUGACGAUGAUGAUGCAAAUGAAGGGGUGGGUGCUUCAAAUCUGUAUGCAUCUUCAGACAUGGCACAUUUACGUGAUGAAAUAACCAUAAGUUUACAAAAUCAUUGAGGUUUGUAAUAUUAAGUAUAACGUGUUUCUUUUUUUCCGGACAUAUAUGACCUUGUGUACUAUUAUGAAAUGACUCUUUUUAGUCAAAUUUGUAUGAGAUGAAUUUUGUUUUAUUUUUCUUAAUGAUGACCUUCAUUUUUAUA